UGGUGAACAAUCUGAAAACAACUGAACUGAAUAAAAGUGUUGGAAUGUGAACUUGUUGAUAGACCAGCUUGAAAGGACAAUUAUAUAUGAUAAGAAAUACGUUUUCCAGUAAGAAGUGAUUAUUGUAUCGGCUGCCCGCUAUUAAAGGUGCAAUUAUUUUUUUGCACUUUCACAAUCACUAAAACGUCACCCCCUUUUUUAAACCUACCGACAUUUUUAUCAAACAUCUGUUUUUACACAAAAUGUGAGUACACAAUAGAAUAGGAUAGUAGUACUUGGAGGCAUGUGUACUGGCUAUCUCCUUUACCGCAUAAGGCAGCAGGGCUUGCAUAUUUUAACUCAGAUGAGGAGCUCGUGAGGAACAUGACUGGAGACAGAAGGCAGCAUUGUCCCCUUGCUGCUACUCCAUGAGUGUACAUCCCAGCUGUUUGCUGCUGUGAGACCAGACAAACCAGCAACAGGAAGGAACCUGCAGCAGCAUCAGUGACCAGCCUUCUCCAUAUGCAACGCUGUCAGAGUGCGACUGAGUGUGCUGUGUAUUUCACUAUCGUGAGGAGGGCUAAUCCAGCCCAGCCCUCCUCACACACCGGGAACCUAAAGGGAGGAAGAUUCAGCACAUCACCAUCCUCAUCAUCAGCCAUAUACUAAACAAACACUCAGAAUGAAAUAAGCUAGAGGUGCAGGCAAAACAUCCAUGCAAUGAAGGAAAGCCAGUUCCCUAGCUGCAGAGCAUGGAAUUGAGUUGGCUGCCCCUUCUGUAACCUUCCGGCAUCACAACAAAGCAACGCAGAAACAAGGCACAAAGAGCAGAAGGACAAACCUAGCAGGAGAGGAUAUAGAUGAACAAAAUGAAAACCAAAAGUGACAACAGCAUGUUGAAGCGAAAGCAAAGCUCAAGAGUGGAAGCACAGCCAGUCACAGACUUUGGCCCUGAUGAAUCCCUGUCAGACAAUGCUGAUAUCCUGUGGAUUAACAAACCAUGGGUUCACUCCUUACUGCGUAUCUGUGCAAUCAUUAGUGUAAUUUCUGUUUGUAUGAACACCCCCAAGACAUUUGAACACUAUCCACCCCUCCAGUAUGUCACGUUUGCACUCGACACCCUACUGAUGUUUCUUUACACCGCAGAAAUGAUUGCAAAAAUGCACAUAAGAGGCAUUGUCAAGGGUGAUACUGGCUAUGUAAAGGAUCGUUGGUGUGUCUUUGAUGGAUUCAUGGUGUUUUGCCUUUGGGUGUCAUUAGUGUUGCAGGUAUUUGAAAUCGCCAAAAUCGUUGACCAAAUGUCCCCAUGGGGAAUGCUGCGGAUCCCACGACCUCUCAUAAUGAUCCGAGCUUUCCGUAUAUACUUCCGUUUUGAACUUCCAAGAAGUAGGAUAACAAAUAUCUUGAAGCGAUCAGGAGAGCAAAUUUGGAGUGUUUCAAUAUUUUUAUUAUUUUUUCUUCUGUUGUAUGGGAUUCUCGGAGUUCAGAUGUUUGGAACAUUUACCUUCCAUUGUGUUACAAAUGACACAGUGCAUGGAAAUCUUACUUGGAAUAAUUUAGCCAUUCCAGAUACUCAUUGCUCCCCUGAAGGAGAAGGAUAUCAGUGUCCUCAUGGUUUUAAGUGCGUGGAUCUGAAAGAACUUGGACUGAGCAGGCAAGAGCUUGGCUACAGUGGCUUUAAUGAAAUAGGAACCAGCAUAUUUACUGUUUAUGAAGCUGCAUCUCAAGAAGGAUGGGUUUUUCUUAUGUAUAGAGCAAUAGACAGCUUCCCCAGAUGGCGCUCAUACUUCUAUUUCAUUACCUUAAUUUUCUUCCUUGCCUGGCUUGUCAAGAAUGUCUUUAUUGCUGUAAUUAUUGAAACAUUUGCUGAAAUUCGAGUGCAGUUUCAACAGAUGUGGGGUUCUCGAAGUAGCACUACCUCAACAGCUACUACACAGAUGUUUCAUGAGGAUGCAGCAGGGGGCUGGCAGCUAGUGGCAGUUGAUGUGAACAAGCCCCAAGGCAGAGCACCAGCUUGUCUACAGAAAAUGAUGCGAUCCUCCAUUUUCCACAUGUUUAUUCUGAGCAUGGUUGCCGUGGAUGUAAUUGUAGCUGCCAGCAAUUACUACAAAGGAGAGAAUUUUAAAAUACAGUAUGAUGAGUUUUAUCUGGCCGAGGUGGCUUUCACCAUGUUAUUUGAUUUGGAAGCUCUGUUGAAGAUUUGGUGUCUAGGGUUUACAGGAUACAUCAGUUCGUCAUUACACAAAUUUGAGCUCUUGCUUGUAGUUGGAACUACUCUUCAUAUUUAUCCUGACCUUUACCAUUCACAGUUCACUUACUUUCAGGUUCUAAGGGUGGUGCGACUGAUUAAGAUUUCUCCUGCCUUAGAAGACUUUGUGUACAAAAUAUUUGGACCCGGCAAGAAAUUAGGAAGUCUUGUGGUUUUCACCGCUAGCCUAUUAAUUGUAAUGUCUGCGAUCAGUUUACAGAUGUUCUGCUUUGUGGAAGAGCUAGACCGUUUUACAACAUUUCCAAGGGCAUUUAUGUCAAUGUUUCAGAUUCUGACACAAGAAGGAUGGGUGGAUGUCAUGGAUCAAACGCUUAAUACCGUUGGGCAUAUGUGGGCACCAGUUGUUGCAAUUUACUUCAUAAUUUAUCAUCUUUUUGCUACUUUGAUAUUGCUUAGUUUGUUUGUGGCUGUUAUCCUUGACAAUCUGGAGCUUGAUGAAGACUUGAAAAAACUUAAACAGUUGAAACAAAGUGAAGCAAAUGCUGACACCAAAGAAAAAUUACCACUGCGCCUACGUAUCUUUGAGAAAUUCCCCAACAGACCGCAAAUGGUGAAGAUUUCAAAGCUUCCUUCUGAUUUCACAGUUCCAAAAAUAAGGGAGAGUUUCAUGAAGCAGUUUAUUGACCGCCAGCAACAAGACACAAGCUGUUUAUUAAGAAGGCUUCCAUCUGCUUCUUCUUCUUCAUGCGAUCAUUCCAAACGAUCGGGAGUAGAAGAGAAUAAGUACAUUGACCAAAAGCUUCGUAAAUCAGUGUUUAGUAUAAGAGCAAGGAAUCUUCUGGAAAAAGAAACAGCAGUUAAUAAAAUCCUCAGAGAUUGCACAAGACAGCGCAUGCUGAGUGGAUCCUUUGAAGGACAGCCUGCAAAGGAGAGAUCAAUACUUAGUGUGCAGCACCACAUAAGACAAGAACGGAGAUCACUGAGACAUGGAUCAACCAGUCAGAGAAUCAGCAGGGGGAAGUCUCUAGAAACACUGACACAAGACCACUCCAAUACAGUCAGAUACAGAAAUGCACAGAGGGAAGACAGUGAGAUCAAGAUGAUCCAGGAAAAAAAAGAACAAGCAGAAAUGAAAAGGAAAGUGCAAGAAGAAGAGUUAAGAGAAAACCACCCAUACUUUGAUAAGCCGCUGUUUUUAGUUGGACGUGAACACCGAUUCCGAAACUUCUGUAGGGUAAUAGUUAGAGCACGAUUUAAUGCCUCAAAAACAGACCCUGUUACAGGAGCAGUGAAAAACACAAAAUACCACCAACUUUAUGAUUUGUUGGGAUUGGUGACUUAUCUAGACUGGGUUAUGAUCGUUGUUACCAUAUGUUCCUGCAUAUCAAUGAUGUUUGAAUCUCCCUUCAGUAGAGUGAUGCACACCCCCACUUUACAGAUUGCAGAAUAUGUUUUUGUCAUAUUCAUGAGCAUUGAACUGAACUUGAAGAUUAUGGCAGAUGGCUUAUUUUUUACUCCAACGGCUGUCAUACGAGACUUUGGGGGUGUUAUGGAUAUCUUCAUUUAUCUUGUUAGUUUAAUCUUCUUGUGCUGGAUGCCUAAUAAUAUUCCUGCAAAAUCCGGAACUCAGCUAUUAAUGGUGCUGCGCUGCUUGAGACCAUUGAGAAUAUUUAAGCUUGUACCCCAGAUGAGGAAAGUUGUGCGUGAGCUUUUCAGUGGGUUUAAAGAAAUAUUUCUGGUUUCUAUUCUCCUGCUGACACUGAUGCUGGUAUUUGCAAGCUUUGGCGUGCAGCUUUUUGCAGGGAAACUGGCAAAAUGCAAUGAUCCACAAAAACUCACCAGGGAAGAUUGUCAUGGAAUAUUUAGAAUCAAUGUCAGUGUUUCAAAAAAUUUAAAUUUGAAAUUAAAACCAGACGAAAAGAAGCCUGGAUUCUGGGUUCCUAGAGUCUGGGCAAAUCCCCGUAAUUUUAAUUUUGACAAUGUGGGAAAUGCCAUGCUGGCCUUGUUUGAAGUAUUGUCUUUGAAGGGCUGGGUUGAAGUGCGAGAUGUUAUUAUUCAUCGAGUUGGACCGAUCCAUGGAAUUUAUAUUCAUGUCUUUGUGUUUCUUGGCUGUAUGAUUGGCUUGACUCUCUUUGUUGGUGUGGUUAUUGCUAACUUUAAUGAGAAUAAGGGUACGGCUUUACUGACUGUUGAUCAAAGGAGAUGGGAAGAUCUGAAAAGCAGACUAAAGAUAGCCCAACCACUUCAUCUCCCCCCACGUCCAGAUAAUGAUGGUUUCAGAGCCCGCAUGUAUGACAUAACUCAGCAUCCUUUUUUCAAGAGGACAAUUGCUGUACUUGUUUUAGCACAGUCUGUGCUUCUGUCAGUAAAGUGGGAUGUUGAAGAUCCCGUGACAGUUCCACUGGCAACUAUGUCUGUGGUUUUCACUUUCAUCUUUGUGCUUGAGGUAACCAUGAAGAUAACAGCUAUGUCACCUGCUGGAUUUUGGCAAAGUAGAAGAAAUCGAUAUGAUCUCCUUGUCACAUCCCUUGGUGUGAUCUGGGUGAUACUUCAUUUUGCUUUACUGAAUGAAUACACAUAUAUGAUGGGUGCUUGUAUAAUAGUCUUCAGGUUUUUCUCCAUCUGUGGCAAACAUGUCACACUGAAGAUGUUAUUAUUGACUGUGGUAGUCAGCAUGUACAAGAGCUUCUUCAUAAUAGUAGGAAUGUUUCUGCUGCUUCUCUGCUAUGCUUUUGCUGGAGUUGUUCUGUUUGGAACAGUCAAAUAUGGAGAAAACAUAAAUAGGCAUGCUAACUUUUCCACAGCAGGGAAAGCUAUAACUGUGCUGUUCAGAAUAGUAACCGGAGAAGACUGGAACAAAAUAAUGCAUGACUGCAUGGUGCAGCCUCCUUUUUGCACUCCAGAUAACAGCAGAUAUUGGGAAACAGACUGUGGAAAUUAUGCAGGGGCACUAAUGUACUUCUGUUCAUUUUAUGUCAUCAUUGCUUACAUCAUGUUAAAUCUAUUGGUUGCCAUAAUUGUAGAGAACUUUUCCCUCUUCUACUCAACUGAAGAAGAUCAACUCCUAAGCCCUAAUGAUCUGCGCCAUUACCAAAUAAUAUGGAAUAUGGUCGAUGAUAAAAGAGAGGGGGUUAUUCCAGCAUUUCGUGUGAAGUUCCUUCUGAGACUGCUACGUGGGAGGCUGGAGGUUGACUUGGAUAAGGACAAGCUUUUGUUCAAACACAUGUGCUAUGAAAUGGAGAGACUGCACAGCGGGGGAGAUGUUACUUUCCAUGAUGUACUUAGCAUGCUCUCCUACAGAUCAGUGGAUAUCCGAAAAAGCCUUCAGCUGGAGGAGUUGCUAGCCAGAGAGCAGCUAGAGUACACAAUAGAAGAAGAAGUAGCUAAACAAACAAUACGAAUGUGGCUGAAAAAGUGUUUGAAACGCAUCCGAGCAAAACAACAGCAAUCGUGCAGCAUUAUACACAGUUUGAGAGAGAGCCAACAGCAGGAACUGAGCAGGUUUCUGAAGCCUCCAAGCAUUGAGACCACACAGCCGAAUGAAGAUAUGAACCUAAAUAACCAAGACAAUGCACAGCCAGAGACAAGUAGCCAACAGCAGCUUCUUAGUCCAACACUUUCUGACAGAGGAGGAUAUCGACAGGAUUCGAUUGAAGCUGGUAAACCUCAGAGAAAAUUUGGGCAGUGGCAAUUACCAGCAGGUAAGUGUGCAGCUCCAAAACCAAUAAGCCAUUCUGUUUCUUCUGUUAACCUUCAAUCUGGAGGACGGUCAACAAUGAAGUCUGUGUUAUGCAAGAUGAACCCCAUGUCUGAUUCGGCCUCCUGUGGUUCUGAAGUCAAGAAAUGGUGGACAAGACAACUGACUGUAGAAAGUGAUGAAAGCGGUGAUGACCUUCUUGAUAUGUGAGGCUAAUACUAAGUCUAAAUCAAACAAAAGGAUUGCAUUGUAGAGCGCUUUUCAUGUUGGUAUUCAUUUUCUAGUAUUUACAAUUCAACUUACAUGCAAACAACUUUUGUAUUUUUCGUAUGAAACCGUCAAUAUAUCCAUAAAAAUAUAAACACAAAUAUUGCAAAAGUCAAAUAUUUACAAUGAUUGUGAUGCAGCUGAUAUCAAAGAGUUAUGCUGCAUUACAAUUAUGAAAAGAUCGACACAGAAAGCAUUGUAAAUGUAUUUUCAGAUGAAUGGUUUAUAUGCAGCAAUGUCUCUCUUAGGAAUACUGUGAGAUGAAACAGAAAUAUAUAAAGCACAUUCUGUAUUCGGCUAAUAUAUAUAGAUUACUGGUUAAAAUAAAAUAAAAGUAUUGCAAGCAAAACAGAUUUUGGUAUUGAAAGCUAUAUAAAAUUAAAGUAUUGAUAUUAAAGUUAAAAUUAUGCUUUCAUUGACCUAAACAGAGGAGUGACCAAUGUCAAAACAUAUCAAAAGUAAUGUUUCUAUUAUGUUUUUGGGGUACAGCCUGCUGCUGGUUCAGAGGAAUUCUUCAAAGACCCCAAAUAAUAUUUGUCAUUGGUUGGAAUGCAUUUAUAUCAAAAGUACAUGGGUUUCUGCUUUUGUGCUGCUCUUUGCGGCAGAAUGUUGGCACGGUACAAACAUGUUGUACUCUUAAUGAUGGGCAUGGACCUUUGGCAUUUACUUAGGCAAGCAAACACAGGGAAAUAUCCAUGCCUACAGUUUAGCAACAUAUAAUGAAUGACAGAGACUGGCAAAAAGCCCUUUAAGUACCAACCUUUAGGCUAAUAAAAACAUAUUCACCAUUAAGAGUGACACUUUAUAUACAAUUCAUAUAAAAAAAUACAAUAAAAUAAUUUAACAUUAUGCCUACAUGUUUUUAACAGUAAAAAUAUUACACUGUUCUGCAAGUUUGUUGAGGGGUUGUGUUUUUUUGAGAAAAUUAGAUCUCAGAUCUGAGCAGCUGCUAUGUUCUGAGCAUAAGAAGCCUUAUAGAUACAGGAUUUUGGGGGGGAAUGUAACUAAAGUCACAAAUUUGCACCAAUAAGAAUAAAAAUCCACAUUUCACGCUGUAAUAUUGUUCCUUAAACUGCAUUGCGAAUUUUA